UCAAACGGUACGUUAUUUAGUCUAAGGCCAAUCGGUUUGGUGUCAGCCAUGAUUUAAAGCGAGGAAGGAAGGAAGCAGUCAUGAACAUCUUACAACAUAUGUGUGCUAGCUUAGCUACUUCCACUCUUAUGCCAACAGCUAACAGCUAGCUAAGGUUAUGUGAGGCUAGCUUAGGUACUAGGUACUUAGCUACUGACAGUGAACUGUAUUUCACUCCGAAAAGAUGUGAUACUCUUUGAAUAUAUUUUCUGACAUAUUUGGCUAGUUAACGGUGUUAGAAAAUGCUGGUGUUUUGCCGAGCUGUUGUUCGUUCAUGCCGUGGGGUAACACUGGACAACAUUCGUCCUUUUCAUCUGUUCAACGAUGGAUACUCAGUAACAAGCUUUCACAGGAGAAAACUGCAAAGUCACAUAACAUGUAACGUGUGUGUAACGCGUUUGUUCAGCUCCCAGCCACAUAAUCCUAAGGUGCCAAAGGUUGCAACAUGGGAACCUGUACAAGAUGACCAGCUCCCACAGCCUGCCAAAAUCCCUGCUGACCUGGUGGAUAAACUGGAGCGACUGGCCUUGGUUGAUUUCCGUACCAAACAGGGACUGGCCUGUUUGGAGAAAGCCAUCCGAUUUGCGGAUCAGCUCCAUGUUGUAGACACUUCAGGUGUUGAACCGAUGGAUUCUGUUCUAGAGGACAGGGUGUUAUACCUGAGAAAUGACACAGCGAAAGAAGGAGACUGUGCAGAGGAACUACUUCGACUGUCUAAACAAACAAUAGAAGAAUACUUUGUGGCACCACCAGGAAAUAUUCCACUACCAAAGAGGGAGGAUAGGACUGCUUUGUUGAAACACUCUGAAUUCUGAUCUUCAUGAAUGUGUACUAAAUAUUUUUUUCAGAUUUUUGUGUAUAGAGUUUGAGUUACUUUAUUUAAGGCCCAGACAUUAGCAUUUACCCACAGUCAAAAAGAAAUACAGAUAUGACAUUAUAUUUGAGAAACAAAAGUCUACUAGUCAUGUUUGUAGAUCUGUACUUUUCAGUUUCCUUUGACAGCUGUGUUGGUGCUUCACUUUGGUUUCACUAUCAUUUUACUGAAAGGAGUGAGUAGCAUUGUGUUUAUAAAUAAUGCAUUGCAGUGUUGCACAGUUUUGACUUGUGAUUAUACAUCAUAAUCUAUAUAUGUCCUGAUUUGAUGUAAAAUGAUGCUGAAUUGUACUGUUUUGCAUGUGUCUUUUAUUUUGGUGUCAGAACCUUUGUGUUCAAUAAAUCAUAAGCACAAUU